AUGAAAAAUGGAAGAGGUGCCCCCAAACAGCCGUUUCGACUCCUAGCGCUGGUGUGCGCGAUGAUAAUGUGCCUAGGGAUAAGCGCGACGGGGAGGCAGACCACAGAUGGAAAUCACCUGUACAAGUCAGUCGUCAUUGACGCAGGGUCCACGGGAACGAGGGUCCACAUAUACAACUACAAAAUCGUGGAUGAAGAAAAAGGAAUCAACAUACACAUCCCAUCGAUCAGUUACAGAACUACUCCAGGGUUUGUGUACCUCCUAAAUAAUUACUUUGCAAAUGAUGAGAAAGUACCCUUUUAUGAGUAUUUUAAAAAUAUAAAAGAAUUUCUGUAUGAACAUGUUAAGGUAAAAGAAAGGUCAAGCACACCCAUCAUCAUUCGAGCGUCAGGAGGAUUCAGACUGCUUAGCAUACCCGAGUCGGAAAAAUACAUAAAUUUUAAUGCCAUGAAGACCUACCUGCAUUAUAUUAUACAUCAGCAUAACGGGGAAGAGCAGGUGGAAGGUGGUAAGGUCCUAACCGGAGGAGAGAAAAACUCCCGAGUUGUUGUAGAUUCACAGAAGAAUGAGAAUCAUAAAACUAAAUUUAUUCCAGUUGCAUGCUUCCCAAAGAAUUUCAAAUUUUAUGUCAAUAAUUUAUACGAGACAUCUAUUGAGGAGGAGCUACACGAGUACGAUGGGAAGAUGGAGAUGAGUGAAGACGACUACGUCGCCGUGGGCACCGGGAACAUCGACUUAUGCAGGUCUCAAAUACAGACCAUCCUCAACUACGCGCAGAUUGACGACCUUCCAUUUAAGAUGAAGCGGUUCAUAAAGCUCUACGGUAUUGAGAACUUCCACCACUUUGCCAUCGACAUUCUGAACCUCCCAGAAAGCUUCGACCCCAUUCCGCUAAACUCAAAUAUGUACUUGGAAAAGGCGAAGGAGAUAUGCCCCCUAACCAUUGACGAAAUUGUGAAGGUGGUGCGGCCCGACGCGAACAUCGAGAAGGCGCAGACAUCCUGUUUCGGGCUGAUAUUCCUGUACGAGUUCAUGCGGUACAUCUUGAAGAUUGACGAGCCCAUAACGUUCCAAUCGACCAACUACGAAGAACUGAAGAGUCGUAGUAUACACCGAUAA